AUGAAGUUCACUACCGGCAUCGCAGCCCUUCUUCUUGCCGUCUCCGCGGCAGCCAUGGAAGCCAUGGAAGCCGGUGGAAAGAAGGAGAAGGGUUGGGGCGGCCACUACCCUCCGAUUCCCAGCGACAUGACAGUGAAAGAGGCAGCAAAGAAGUGCGGUGACCAGGCCCAGCUAUCCUGCUGCAACAGGGCCAUCCGCGCCGCCGACGAUACCGACAUCGGGGGUACUUUGAAGAACGUUCUCGGCGGCGGAUCUGGCAACACCGGCUUGGAGAUUUUCGACCAGUGCUCCCAUCUCGAUAUUCAGGUUGCUAUUAUUGCGAUCACUAUCCAGGAUAUCCUGAAUCGUGAAUGCCAGGAGAAUGUGGUCUGUUGCAUGGAGAGCCCCGGCGAUACAAGCAACGAUUUGCUUGGGCUCGAGAUCCCCUGUAUCGCACUGGGAAAUCUGCUGUAG